ACCAAGAAAGACACCGGGGGGUUAACAACACACCGAGGCAACUCUGGACAUAACUGCAGCUCCUUAUUGGUCAGGACUCUUGGAGCUUAGUGCGUAACGACGCGCACUUCAUACGCACAAGCCGAGUCGAAUAUUUACUGGAAGAAGCUCUAGGAUAUCCAACUAUCUGGAAUUAUCUAGGAGUUUUGUCGCUGUCUGGGUUUAUUUUACAUGCCAAAGCUGGGGGAACAGAGUGGAAAACAGCAGACUUCAACGCGAAGCUUUACAGUUUUCGCCACAAUAAUUGGUAAGUAGUAUACAAUCUGACAAGUCACCGGUACAUAGAUUUUUUAGCAAGCUGACACCCCCGUCAACUUUGGCAGGGGUUUCAUUGUAUGAGUGGGCUACAGAGUGACUGGGGACAAGCAGUCAAUCACAGAUCGAUAAAAGCCUGUUGUAAAAAGAUGUCUGAGUCACCUACCAUGUAAACUCCGUGAACAUCAUUAAGUUAAUAAGGCUGGGUAUCGACGGCAGGGAAAUGUCAUCGUUACUGUAAAUUACAAUUAGCAGCUGACAGUAAGUCAUUGCUGAUAUUGCCUGCUAGAAGCACAAUAACGACCGUAUUAUUACAUAAAACGGUUGUGACAGCCGACUUUAUGGUGUCUUACAUUUUAUAAUCAACUCGUAGUAGGAAAAAGUCAAUUAUACAAUUAGAAAUGCUUGGAUAGAAAAGCUUGCCCUAUUACCUAAACUGAAUGAACUGCCAUUGUUAGACAGAAGUAACUAUGAAUCACUUAUAAGUUUUGGUUGUCCGAGUUUCUUCGUUGGCCACUAGGUGGCGACCGAGCACCUAUGUUUUCAUGUGGGCCAAUACCCCUACUUAUACUGGGAGACCCACAAGAGGUGUGGAUGUAAGCCUAUGCAUGCAAUUUACAAUCUGUCCCCUCUCUACAAGCUCCUCUGCUUACAUUGUUGACCCACAUUUGUUGCUCACCUCAGGCUGGAAUAUGUUAACCAGCUACAUGAGACUGUGAAGCCACUGCAUGCAGGGUAUUCUCAGUCAUCAUUUUAAACAGUGAUUCCUAUCUGUUUAGUGGCAUUUGUUGUAUGCUGCUGCAAAUUAGUCGACAUCCCUUACGCUGAAGAGAUACUCUCUCCAAUGUGUAAUUUGUAGAUUUCUUACGAUCGUCUCGAUGGUCUGUGCAUGUCGUCGAGGUCGGGGGGGGGGGGGGGGGAGAUGGCGUCAGCACUCUUCAUGCCAUAACAACCUAUAGUGAUAAGGUGGAUUUACUAGUGUGGAGCUAGUGGUCUCGUAACCCACGAACAAGUAAACUACGCAAUAGCAGCCAAAAAAAAAAACACACACACUUUUUGUGUACUCCUUUGAAUCGAGAUGUCCUCUCUCCCAGGACAUUUCAUAGCACAGUUGACCUUAACAUGCACAUGACAAAUAAACAAAUCUUUACGAAGUUAAUACUUUAAGGUUGAAUAAUUAUUGGCAAUUUAACUGAUGCCAAAUCAAUCAUUUGUUGGUUAUUAUGAUGCUUUUACGUGUAAACCAUAUGGCUAUUUAGCUUCUAGAAUGUAGCCCAAUGAGUGUCUAUCCAAUAGCAACCAACAAUAAACGAGUUAGACCACUGGAUAGUUUAAGUGUUAUCGAUAAACAUCGUAAAAAUAAGUAAUUAGCAGUAAGAAAAAGGGUUGCAAUAGCAAAAAUAAACACUUCUUCAUCUUAAAUAAGCUCUCUCCAAACCCCCCUGAGACCUCUUGACAACCACGAGCCCCACUUUAAGAAGCUCUGCUGAAGGCUUCCUCUGUGGUAUGGGCAACAUAUUUCAUCCUAUGCUGUAAUUAUGAAUGGCCUAAACUCGCCUGCCCUCCACGUGGGUGUGGAUCUCUUCUUACCAUUGGUCGAGUUUAGCAGCGUCCUGGAAGAGCUCUCCCGUGAUUGGUCGAGCUGCCUCCGGUCUGUGGGCGUAUUUUUAUCGAUGGUGGAAGUAGGAUACUUUGUGACACUGUUCAUUGUCGAUAUUUCACAGGAGCUGCCGUGGGUAUGAGAGCGGCGGAGAGCCUCCCAAUAGCCGUAUGAGGCUUCGCAGCUCCAGGACCGUGUGCUUUCUCUGCUAAAAGCUUGUAAAAACACCGAGAGGAAUUUUUGUAUUCUUUUUUUUCCAGGCCGCGUAGUUUUUGUUGUUAAAGGUAACCGUCUUGAGCGUCUAUUUUGCAGACUACAUACUUGGGUUUUUUCCUUGGUUUUCGCCCAAUCAAUGUAGCAUUUAGGAGUGUUGCAUGCAUGCUGGAAAGGGAAACAAAGAAAACGAUCAAACAAAGAGAAAAAAACAAGCCUUACGUAGUUGACUUUCCUGUGGGAAUAUUCUCAUGAUAUCGACCACAGAGGAGACGGACUGGGUUUUAUUCUGACUCUCGGAGAGCGAGAGAAAGACGCACAAGAGCCAAAGAGAGACCCGAGAGAAGGCGAUCUGAAUGCCGCCUUUCAUUUGCGAGCAGAACACGGGACGGUAGCCGAAGCGACGGACCUGCUUCCCCAUCCUCCUCACCCUUCCUCACUCCCGGCUCUGCUCGUCUCGCCCCCCAACCCCCUUUUCUCUGACCACAGGUUAUCGGAUGGACCAGCAUCCCAGCGCCCGGAGCUGCACCAGUCGCGGGGCUUCGUCCUGCGAAGCUGUCCCGGCUGAGCCCUCCAUGAAUCUGUACAUCCACUCUACCACCGGCACGCGUUUCGAGCUCUCCCUGCCCCUGGAGGAGACCGUGGAAGGACUGAAGAGGAGACUGUCGCAAAAACUCAAAGUACCAAAAGAGAGACUCGCACUGCUACACAAAGAAACGUAAGUAAAACUCCUCAUUUUUUUGUUUGUGCUUGCCACAAUUGUGCACAUUUUUUGACUCGAGUCAGUCUGUGCUCGUAGUGUCAGAAUCCGCACUAAAAGAAAUGCGAAUGAACCGAGUUUAGGUGCGUUGAUCCUCCCGAGACCGCGAGGUAUUAAUCUAUACUUUGGAUUUAUACGAUGCUGAGCUCUCGGGAGAUUCAGAGGCAACCUUGGCUGCUUUUGCCGUCAAUACAUUCAAAGAAACCACUGACCAUCAGGAGGCACGGUAUUGGAAUUACGCAUAGGGGACGCACCGGUCACUGGAACAGUAUUGAUGAGGCGAUCUGCAGACUUGCAUUGAUUCAUGUCUCCUUCAUUAUAAAUACCGAAGCCUGACUGAAUUACUAAUGCUGUGGGAAUCAAACAUGUUAAUCAUUAAUGAGUAAAGUCACAAGGACUAGGUUGCCUGUAAUUUAUUUACUCAGCUGCUGCACAUGCAUCUAGUUCAUUGUUCAUCUAUUUCAUGUCACUGGACAGUGAAAGGUGGACAUAUCUAGUAGUCUGAUGAGGUUGUAAAAGUGUUUUAGCCACUUAAGUUGUUAAACUGGAUUGCUUGCUGGGAGGUUUUGGCUUGCUGGUUUAUCAAAGCACUCAGAAAAUACAGCUAAAACAGCACACCGGGCUUUUAUUAUCUAAACUAGCCUUAAUACAUACUUGGUUGUUGUCAAAUGAAUUGUGUCUGAGUUAAAUUAGCAAGCAAGAGUGCAGGUGAUGUUAUGCAAAAAAAGAAGAGGAAGGGUUUCAAGCAUGCAAACAGCCAGCAUUGUCUUUCAGCCCCCUUCCCCUCCCCAUUGUAAUCAGCUAAAUAAAUCACAUCAUCCUUUAAAACCUCAAACCAUUUCUUUUUACUUCCCCUCCUGUCUCAAACUGUAGACCUACAGCAAGUCAGUGCUGAGGGCCUUUGUUCAGCUGCAUGGGGUGAGAUUUGGGUCAUGCCUGUACAGCAGGCAGUCCUUAACAUUCUUCGCCAAAAUAAAGGAGGCAUACAAUCAGGCACUUGUAUGUGAGUGGUUUUAGUGCAGGGUGACUUGCACAGAGAGACAAUUUCUUCAUUAUGGACAAAUACUCCAGCUCUGCACCAAACAUUGAAUACUAAAGUAAAAUUCAGGUCAUCUUGCUCAAAAACUAACAUUAUCUACAUUUUGAUUAACAAUAGAAGCACAAUGUCAAUAUUAGGUACUUAUACUGUUUAUCUAUUCCUGGGUGUGUGGUUUUGCUUUCAACUUGUACAUUUUGCUCCUCAUUUGUACAAAUCAAAAUGCCAAAAGAAAAUACUUACCUCCACUUAGGCAAGUGGCAGUGGUGCCAGAUAUCCACUGCGAGCAGUUGUCAAGCUCCACUAUACUUGAAAUUGAAAUAUGACAGCCCAAUCAAUACUUCUCUUUCAUGGAGCUUUUCACCCACGGCUCUUUUCCAAACUAGUUUUGAAGUCUGUCUGCCCCCCUGGCUGAAGGGUGUUUGUGUGUCUGAGGAGAGAAGAUAUUGUCAGCACAGUCUAAUUAUCUUGUUCUCUCUACACCUGCAGGCGACUAAGUUCGGGCAAACUCCAGGAUCUAGGCAUAUCAGAUGGGAGCAAGUUAACACUUGUACCAACAGUCGAAGCAGGAUUAAUGGUAAGACCCACCUGACUGGGAUUCUUGUUUUAGUUUGGAGUCCAGAUACAGAUAAAAGACAACAAUCUAAUUCAUGUUUUUGCACGUGCAUACUUGAUGUACCCCCACUCCCCCCCCCAAAGACAUUUUUAAUGCUUUUCUCUCCUCCUUUGUAGUCUCAAGCAUCAAGACCAGAACAGUCAGUAAUGCAAGCCUUGGAGAGUUUAACAGAAACUCAGGUAAGAGCCAGUUUCUCUGUGUCAAAAAUAGCAGCCUGUUCGUGUUUGCAUGGGGAAUAUGGGAGGUUGGAGCUUUUUUUUUUUAAGGGCAGAGCAACACCCAGAUAUGACCAGUACAGAGAGAGGGAGAGAGAGAUGAGCUGAGCAGGCUGCUCAAAGACAAGCCUCUUUGCUUGUCUAAUCUCAGCCUCUUAAACAACCCAAGCCAAGCUAGACAUCCACUGUGAGCUGUUAGGAUAUAAUAAGCAGCAACACCCUCCUGUCUCCUAGUAACAUCUGUGAUAGUGUAUGUGCAUGUGUGUGUGUAUGUGUGUGAAUGUGCUUGCACAUCACUGUGAGAAGCCACGGAGAGCAUCGCACAAGAAAGGCUUAUUUGCGAGCUGCUGUGAAGUCCUGCACAGAGCACACUCACUUCACUCUUUCUGUUUAUAUAUUUAUCUGUAAUCUCUCUCUACUCCUUCUGUAUUUCAUGCUUUGACACACACAUUCACACACACAUGCACAGGCAAGUUUCCAGGAAGUGUGCUGUGGCGGCAUGGAGACCGAGCGUAGUCUCACGCACUCAUAAACAGAGUGCUGGAUCACCAGAUGACAGCCUUCUCACUCUGUAUUAGCAUAGGGUUCCUGGAAGCGGAGCUUGCAUAGCUGAAGCGGAGCCUACACCUCGCACUUUAAGUGAAACGGCUCUGUAGGCCUGCUGAAAUACUGUAUGCAUUUGAGUCAUUGUGGCAUGACUCACUGAAAUGAUCAAUAGUGAGAGUAAAAUGAAAAAGGCAGAGUUCUGCGCUGGCCGCAGCGAGAGAGUGCGAGCGAGAAGAGAGGCGAUAAGGCUGAAUGCACACAGACAACAGUGUGACGUAUGAAACACUUUGCAGCUGACUGACUGACUCACACAGACUUCCUUUUGUAGCGUUGGGUAACACUGAGAUGUACGUAAGUGCAUCAGUGAUGCACUGCUGGGCGAUGUCAAAACAGUCCAAGAUGGCGAAAAAGGAUACUGAUGUAAGGAGUUACAUGUGUCAGUCAUGCAGAGGUGACAUCCUGAUGAAUUUGUCCUAAGAGUUAUACUGAUCUGAGUCACUUUUUUAUCAGAGAAUGUGGGCUGCAGGAGAUAAUGCAGUGGGGUUCGGUACGGCUUCGUUCCCUGCUGAUAAUUUUGUGGUGGAAAUCCUUUCCUGGUUGUGUUUGUGUGUGAACUCAGCAUGUGUCUCGUAGCACUGACAUCAGAUGACUGUAUGUGUGUAGGUGUGUGUAAGUGAAUGUGUGCAUGUCCUUUCCUGGAUGUGUGUGCGUGUGUGUCAAAGUGGUAGUGGGCUGGAAGCGAGUCUUGCCCAUCAUCUGGUACGCCCUUGCUGGGGCAGCCAUGGGUGACUGUCAUGUUCACCAAGUGCAAAUGUUAAUUCAACCCGCGGAGACUGAAGAGCAGAUUUCGCAGUCUCGGUCCUGGGUUCCGUUUCCUUUAAAAUUCGUUUUGAGUCCGAUGCAUCCAUUUUUCAUAAGAUACCCUCACAUUGCAUAACUGCUGCAUUCAUAUUUACUGUCUUAGUAAUCAUAAUCCUGCAGUGGGGAUUGAAAGAAUACAGGGCACAGUUAGUACAAUAUCAGGCUAAGAGGUUAAAAAAAAAGGCAUAAAGCAGCUUUAGUGUGUUUUUAUCCCGAGAAAUUGAUUCCACUUUAUAAUUCAUGAAGCCGAAUGGAAUGAUAUAGAUUGCAGAGAGAUUAAGGAUCUGAGUAAGAUUAGAAAAUAGGAACACAAAAGCUUUUCCUCAUUUCCUCUCCUCCCCUUAACUCUGGGGCUAUCAAAAAUCAAUCAAUGCACUUAGCUCUUAAAAGUGUCUGACAUGAGAACUGAUAUGCCCAAACACCCAAAAAUAGCCUGGGGAAAAUGUGGGGUGGACGUUGGCUUGAGAAGUCACGGGUACUGACCCUGGACCCCCUCCUAGCCCACAAGUUUUUCAGUUCAUUGAGGUAUCAUUUCCACAUUGAAGAUGUUUUCCAGGAAGCAUGAGUAUUCUAGGAAGACAGGACAGAGUGAAUCUCCUUAUGUCUUCUCCGUAAGGAUUCCUUUUAGAGCGCACGGCUAGCUGCUAGCUAGGCAAUCAACCAAGCAGAACAUGACAGCUUCCAGGGCAGUUUCAGACUUUUGUGGAACAAGUUAGAUAGAAAAAUGUUUUAUAGAAGUGGAGCCUCGACAAUUAUCAGAAUAGGAUAUUUUUUUUCUCUCAAAGCUGUCUCCUCUUUUCCUCCCUUUUGCUCUCCUGUUUCUGCUUAACAGCUCUCUCAGGGCCCUAUAAUUUAAAAGUGCUGCGGUUUGCAAGUCCGACUUGCUGCCUCAAUUUGACCGUGAUGGCUGGCUUCUUCUUUAGCAAGGACAAUCCCGACUGCCUUAAUUCCCUCUCUGGCAACUCACUAGACUUUUUGCAUGACAUCUAAGCUGUAUUAAGCCACUGCUUCCUGACAGCCCAUCAAAAUACAGUUGCCUGCACUCCUCUCUUCUCAUUCUGUCUGCUAAAUAAAGGUUGUAUGUACAGCUUACAUAUGCAUGGACACACGCACACGCAUACACACCGGAAUCAAAAGGAUAUAUUUAAGAGGAUUUCUGAUCCUGCUCAGAGAAUGAGAAAAUGUCUGAUCCCAGUAGUUAAAUGGAUGUAUACUUACAUGACAAGCUUUGACGGGGGGAAUGAAAGCAAUAGUCACUACUUGUGGGCAUAUGAAAGCAUUGACAUCAUCACUCCCUCGAUUGAUUCUGGUAUUUGACAAAAAGAGAAGGAUUAUAUGUCCCUCUCAGCACACGGGGACUAUUUGCUCAUUGAUGCACAAAUUGAUGUUAGAAUAAAAGCCAACCAGGCAGGCAGGCAGGCAGGCAUCGCCCUUACCAUCCCCCUGCUGCCCUUCCCCCAUGCAGCCACCUCUUUGUUCCUGUCUUAAAGCAUGAGCACCAAACCUGCCCAGCUGACAGCCCCUCAAAUGCACUACAAUGAUUGAGGGUCACUCUUUAAGUUUGGCUCUCCCCCCCUCCUCGCGGCCCCCCCCUUUUAUCCUCUAUACAUACAUCCACAGGCGCCAGCUAUACCCCCAUCGUGUGCGACUACAGUGGUGCAUACCGGUUUCAAAAUCAAUGCACGGCCCAGCUGGAGUGAAGGCUCAGCAGGCUGCAGAUUGACAAAUUUUGCCUUGAACACUAACACAGAUUGCUUUAGGAAAGAGGCUGAGUGUUGCCAUUCCAUAUGUCCCCGCGGUAUAAGCUGUUACAUAUCUGCUCUACUUUUUUAGCGCCAACUGUCCUCACCCACUCCUCAUCCUCCUCCUCUACAUCUAAGAACUUACAGUAUGUCAUUGUGCCUAGACUUGGACAGAUGCAAACUCCUAUAUGUUGGGGAGUCACCCUCAGGUCACCCUCACCUCAUUUUCUUUGCUCGUACUCCCUUAGGGGGUGCCAUGUUAGGCCAAGCAGGUAGAAGCGAACAGAAAAAGGGGGAGCUUUGCUGCACUGGAGCAUCAAACUGAUUAGUGUUUAUAGGUUAGAGGCAAUAGGGAGGACAAGCACAUGCCUCAGUAACUCAAAGACAAAUGAGGAAAGAAGUCAUUGUCUAUCCAUAUAUAGUAGUUAAGGCAAUAUAUUGUAGACAUACAGUAAAGAUAGUCACAUGUGUACCUGUACUUUCCUGUUUUUACACAUGUAUGCAUGUAAAACAGCUCAAUGAAAGUGGUCAAUAUGUUUCUUUUUCCAGCCCCUGCGCCCUGUACACCACCUUAUCUAGAUGCUGGUUAAUCAGCAGAAUUGACACACUGGAAAUCAUUGAAGAGUAAUUGUAUUGAGAAUUUGGGAGGGCAAGGAAUUGAAAAAUGACUGAGUCUGUUUGUUGGUCAAUAUGAGGAGAUCCUCCCCUUUUUAUAGCACGCAACCCCCUCUGUGCUAUUGAAAUGAAGGCUUUUAUAUGCAUGCAGAAUAACAGAGAGGGUCUCUGCUCUUUAGAAUGGUAAUUUGCUUUUUUUUGUUACUUAAAUGAAAGCUGGAGAAAUUAAUUUGUUGCUGGAUGUGUAAAUCAAAUUGUGUAUGGAAUAAAAGACAAUGCUGAUCUAAAGGCCUUUUCAGUGCCCGCUCAUGUAAAUCCCGGCCUUGAAAAUUGCAUUAAUAGGCUGAUCACGCACUAUUUUUUUGCACCUGUGUAAUCCCCUUUGUGAUGCUGAAAUGCACAGCAGGAGGGGGAUGCUGGGAUGGAUGGGUGGAGAGAAUCAAGGUGUGUUGUGGAGGCAAUCAAGGGAGAGAUGGAUUUUUAGGGGAUUUCAGCGUCUCAUUGUGUUCAUGAAUCUGCUCGAUCGUGUGUUUGUAUGUGCGCGCACAUGUGCCGACGUUCGAUUUAAAUGUCUAUUCCUCGCGUGUGUCCUCUCUCAGUAGAAACAGGAGACGUAUCCCUCCAUAUUUUCGAGUCGUGACCACCAUUGUUUGCCAUUCCCCGAUGACAUUGAGCUUUUGUGAUUCAAGUAGCAGGCAUCGUGACUAGUGGGGCUAGUGUGUGGGAGGAAAGGAGGCCAGCAAUGUCACGUCUGGUAGCCACCACCAAGUCUAAUGAAGUCAAUUAGACCUAUACUACUGGUGCAGGGGUCAAAGGAACUAUGUCAUAAAAAAACGUAAUGAAAAGUUUUGCAGGGAAAGGAGUGCAUUUUUGCAGUUUCACCAUAGCUUAACCCUUAACCACGGUGCUUUCUAUCUGAUCUCUACUCUUCCUUACUUCUUUCCUGCUUCCUCAUUCGUACCCACUUACCAGAUCUCAAGCAGCAAAGAUGUGAUUUCCUCACUCUUCUUUUAUUAGCCUAAUGAUGUUGCAGUUUCCUCAAAUGUGUCUCACCGGGUACAGAAACUGCUCAUUGUUAAGUGACACUUUCCCUCCAUCAACACAGGAGCCUCUUAAAGCCGUGUUUAUCAGCCAGAAUAAGGAGAGCAGUGAGUCGAGCAAUUACAGCAAAUGUAUAAGUGCUAUAGGUUUAGAGGCAUGUGUGCGCAUUCAAAUCGGCCCUGUAUCAUGAACAGUUGUCGGCACAGUUGGUAGUGUGAGUGGUGGCUUUAGCUGGAACCUGAUCAUCCUGAACUUUGCCAUUCUGAUCCCUCUCUUCACUCAGCCGAUCAAAUUCAGUGAUGACCAGCUGGUCCUUCUAUUUGCUCCUUUCAACCCUCUCUGUUUCUUAUCAGGCAGAAUUGCAGACGACUAUCCAUCUUCUGGGGCCUUUGAAGAGCCCCUGGCUGCUUUUAGGAUUUGGGGCAUGAUGCAAGUCAUUGAUUUUUUUUCCUUCUCUCUUUUGAGGGCCUGUUACUGCAUCUUUAGUCAGUGUGUGCGUCUACUCAGAGACUAUCAAUAGUGUCUUGGUGAGAUCAAAACAUCUAGGUCUAUAGGCGGGUUAAUAAGCAGGUUUUCGAACCAUCCCUUUCACCUAGCAGUUCGACAGGUGAGAACCUGAACUGCUGGAAGAAGAAGAAGACGGCUUCCUCCUCUCAAGGCUUCCCUCUCUCCACCCUCCUGUCCCGCCCUCCAAUCCUCUAUCCUCUUUUCUCUGGCACAAAGCUGCUCAGUUGUUCAUGAAUGUCAGCUCAGUGCUGCCAGCGCUCUCUAUCUUUCCCUCCCUCUCUCUCGCUCCCUCUCUCACCCUCCCUGCCUCUCUUGGCUUCUCCCUCUCUCUUCCCUCACUCCUUAUCUCCCUCCCUUAGUUCGCUUAGCUUGCAAAGGAAGAACGACUGCAAAUGAGUUCCUUGAACCACAGGGACCCCAAUAAAUAAAACUGUCAGCCAGAGAUGUCGAAAGAAAAAAAAAAGGGAAGGAGCCAGAGGCACACUCUCACUGAAUAUUUCAUCACGCACCACCACCACCACCAUUCUGACACCCUACCCCCAUCACCCGCAUCCCCCAUCCCCCCUCACCAUCCCUGCCUUCUUCCUCUCUCAUGCCACCCCCUCCUUACUCCCCCAUUUUUCCUCCACCCCUCCUCUCCUUUAGUGCCCCUUAUCAUAUUCUCCCCCAUCACUGCAUAGCAACUGAAGCCUCUGCUAAAUAAAAUAGCACCUCCUGGACCCCGGCAGCUGAAACAGGGUGGUUGAUGGUGCUGGAUGUCAGGUCAGUUGUUUAAGAGGAGGGCGGGUGACAGUUAAAUGGGAACAGCCCUUUAUCAACACCUGUAAAAACUCACCUGGCCCACACCUCGUCCUUCAGGUAUGAUUUGCUCUCCUCUUUGCAUACCACUGCCGCCUCAGAAAGGGAAAAAUGUGUGGCGGUUUCUGUCUGCCUUAACACAACAAAAGUGGGUCCCUCCUCUCCUCUCCUCUCCUCUCCUCUCCUCUCUUCUCUUCUCCUCUCCUCUUGUGUCUCAUGUCUCUCAUAACAAACCGCCACAAACAGCAGUGAGGAGGCUGGCCUCUCUCACAGGCUCAUUUAAAGGCUGCUGUGUGGUGUUUGGAGCUCAGUAGGAGUGCAUGAAUCUUAUCUUGGUGGUUUUUGAAUAAUCCACACUAGUCAUUAUAGGGGCAAUCAAGCCCCCUCUCUGUUACUCCUGCUGUCACUCACUGCCCCAACCUUUUCUCUCACUUUCUCACACAUGUGGUCUCUCUCACUCGCACUCGCAAAAAAGCCCUGUUCAGACUUGACAUUAAAUGACAUUUUGGGUGGUUCCUUUAUCAUAUCAACUUCAGGCUGAACACUUUGAAUAUAUCCCCGCUGGUGCACUGUACCAAUUUGACUUGCCUUAAAAGAACUCUGUAUUGAAGCAGCUCAAAAAACCUCUCUCUCGUAUAGGUGAGAAGAACAAUGCAAUUGUUUAAGAGCUGAAGUUGCACUUUCUACUGAGCUUAAGCAAGUAGUUCAGGAUGAGCCGUAACCAGUCUGUCCUGGUACAUCAACAGCCUGAGAGACCGUUUUCUCAGAAACAUAUUUAGAGAAAUAUGUAAACUAUUGUUGUGGUUUGGCUGUUCCUUCCUAUACAUGAAAAUGGUGUUCCUGGCAUCUGAAAAUGCGAACUCUCAAAACCUGGUUCCAGUUCUUUAGAAAACGGCAGCUCUUCUGUGUCGGUGUUAACCAGAAAUACACAAAUCCUGUGAAAACACAGAUGUCUUUUUGCUGAAGAGCAUUGUAGCGUUCUUCAUCAGAGUUUCAUUCGAGUUUUUAAUCAGUUUCUGGCCUGUCUUACAUAUUUCAGCAUUAUCAGCCAUUUUUUUUGGAUUUUAUUGUGCACAGGGCGUUUCAACAACAUCAUAUGACCACAAAUUAUUUCAAACUAAGAAGGAAAAACUGUAACAUUAAGGCCCGACUAUACUUGAGGUCUUCAGGCCUGUAGACAAACGGAUACUUCUUAAGGCUGUUACCCUCAUCCCCCUCCCUCCUUUAAACCAAACACUAGGUUGAUGGUCUCCCUCAGGGGGGCUCUGUCUUUGUAUUCCCGUCCGUUGUGUGUGUGUUUGUGUGUAUUGUGGGUUGGCAAACUGCCGACUCAUUCUCUUGACAGCUGUCAGUCACAGACACAGUCAGUGUCUCCUCCCCUCCUUCUUUUCUCUUGUCUCUCUCCCCCACCCACUUUUGGGAUCCCUCCACCCCCAGAGGUCUCAAUCAGAAACAAACACACACAAAUCUUGUCUAUCAGGUGACCUUUUAUACGUGGAAUUUCCUCAAGCCUUCUCAGGUAGCACCCUACCCUGUUCUGCUCCUCUCUUCACACCCCACCCUUCUCGGUUUAUUGUCUUAAUCAUUGUGGGUGUCGACUCAGCUAUCAACAAGCCAUUAUUGUCUUGAGUUUACUCUCUAAAGAGGCCGAGUUUCUGUUUAUCCUCAGGCAUUAUAUUUGCUGAUUGUGCUUCCCAGGCUGUUGAUUAUUUACAUGUUGAAAUGCAGCCAUUAGAUCAGUCCAAACCCCUCGUCCUUUCACCUGCCACUCUCCUCCAUCUGUCCUCCUUUCCACACCGUGUCAAUACCAAUGUGCAAAGGUCACCCUGGCAACAGAGAAGCAGUGGUCGAUAGAGAAAUAAAUAAGCAGAAGGAAAAAAGGAGAGAAGUGAUGAAGGGCAGAGCCUGCUGAUUCAUAGGGUUAACUACAGGCCAUCAUCUCACAGGCACACUCUGAGGCCUGCUGGGUCUGGAGGGAGUGAGACCUUUGCUCUCUUUUUGCUAUCUUUGUAUCUUGGUCUCUAAUACUUAUUUUCUCUCCUUUGUAAUUAUUCUUUCCCACAUCUUCCACCCUUGUUGUGCUCUCUCUCUCCCCGUCUUGUUUUGCUUUUCAGUGCCGCUUUUUUUUUUUUUGGUUUCCCCCCUGCCUGGUUCCCCUCUGGGGACUGAAAACACACAGACAACUGAGGUUGUUGAAACCUUGUUGGACAAAGGCGUCACUUUCUAUUUGCCAACACUGGAAGUUUCUGUUUGCUUCUAUUUGGGGAGAACCUUAGAAGUCAUUACUGCUGAGUCUUCGAGACCCAAAGAAGCUUUUUGUCCCCUGAAUGACACUUGAUCGAAGACACAGCGCACACACAUGCACGGACUUUCGAAGUGAGCAUUAAUACACAGCCUCAGUGCUAAGAGCAUGCAGGAGGAAGACAAGAGAACUUUUGUUUGUAUGUAUGAAUCCUCCAGCCAAGUCGUGACGACUCAGCUAUCUUGUGUGUAUUUGUGUGGGUCCAUCCGGGCCACUGGUGGGUCAGUGAAGGCCUCCACACUUGGCCCCUGUUAGCUGUUGCCAGAGCUCCUAAAAUGGGCAGCCCUUCCAGAUCCGCCGCAGACAAUCGGCCAUUCUGUGUCUGAAUGUCAGGCGGGGUGUAUUUCCUGGACGUGGGACUGAUUUUUUCAGGCCCCGGGCCAGACAGAAGGGUGGCCUCUGUCUCUUAGCAGAGCGACACUGCUGACUAAGAACGGACUGCGGGGCAGUGGGAAGCAAGAAAGAGUGGGCUCUAUCCGUGUGUGUUUUCCAAUAGGUCUCCUCAGCUGAGCUUGCCCAGCAGAUGUAAAUAGGGCAGUGUUACAGAACUGUGAUUGAUCGCAUGAUGGGAUAAUGUGAUGUGUCUGUGUCUCUGUGAGAGGGGGAGCCCCUUAAAGCACAGUUGUGUUCAUUUUAACCGCCAUCCAUGGUGCAGACUGUUCAUUCACAUAGAAUAAGACACCACAAAAGGGUGGGUGGGGUGGGAGGUGGGGUGGUCAAUACUGUCUCAUUAUAUUGUUGGCUUCUCUUUAAAAGGUAGAUGAACUUAAUCCUCUCUCUGUCCACAGGUCAGUGACUUCCUGUCCGGCCGCUCUCCCCUCACCCUGGCACUGCGUGUUGGUGAUCACAUGAUGUUCGUCCAGCUCCAGUUGGCAGCACAGCAGUCUGGCGGUCCCCAGCUCCAGCACAGACACCUCAUCACCCGGGGCAACACAGACACCGCUAUGGGACAGCCUACAGGGCAGCCGCGUGUUCCCCACCCUCACCCUCACUCCCAUCACCACCACCCCCAUCAUCCCCACAGUCACCACAGCCCCCACUUGUCCCAGCCUCCGCUGGUCCCUUCCUCCCCCUCGUCUCCUGGCGCUCCAUCCUUUCCCCUUCCAUCCACGCACCACCAGCCACUCUCUCCCAUGUACCACCAAUCGGCCUCCUCUGCUCACUGUAGCCCCCCUACUCCACCUCCUCCAGCCCACUCCCCUCGCCCAUCCCACAUCCCCGGAGGUCUUUUCCGCUCUCCCCACCACCACCACCAUCAUCAUCAUCACCACCACUACCACCAGCCUUCCUCUGGCCAACCCAGCCAAGAAAUCGGACAGGCCAGCCCUGUAGCCCCGGUCCUCUGUCCUGAGGUAAGCAUUGAGAUAUUGUCAGUCUUCAUUCUUCUUUUCAUUUACUUUUAGCUAAGUGAGAUGCGAAUAAAAAUAUAUAUCAUUUCAUUCAUUAAUAAAACCGCUACAAUAUUGUGGAAGUCUUUGGUUGAAUAGCUCAACCUUUACAUAACUGAUGUCAUCUGUGGCACUUAGCUUUCUCAUGAAUGAGUAAUGGCGGGGACAGGUUUGACUGUUUGACCUGGGUGCCAUGCGCUCAACUAAAUCAGCCUCCAUUAAAUUGAUUAGAUUAGCGGGAUAUCCCAGCGGCAUGCGGGCGAUCCCGUGGUUUACUUAGGUUUGCUGAAGGUUUGCACGUGAUACAUGUGUGCGUAAGCUUCCCAACCACAGUGCACUUAGUCAUCACUGGAGUGCAGUCAGCUUCCCGAAUUCAUACAAACACACACACACACACACACACACACACACACACACACACACUAGCCCAAAUGGUUACGGCAUCCUAAUGACCUCAUCCUGUCCACUGAGACAUACAGGGGGAGGAAUGAAGGAUAAAAAGCAUAAGAGGAAAAGACCGAUAAAGAGACGGAUUAAGUGAAUUUGUGUUUAUUUUCUAAGCGAGGUGACGGAUUAUUAACCCCACAUUGUCAGUGAUUUGUCAUUGACCUUAACAAGCAUUGUUUCCUCACUCCCAACAACAGCUGCACACACACACUUUCUUGUCUCCACCAACCAAAUAUGCUGUUUAUACUUUCUGGACCUCUGCGCUCCAGCCUAUAGAAAGACAAUAAGAACCAGAUGUCAGCGGACUAUGUGGAAAAAAUGGUUCGCAAAAAGAAAAACAGAGUGACAUGAGUGUUUUGUUAUGAGAAAACGGAAAUGGCUAUUCUUCUUUGGACUUUCUCACACACUAACAUAGACCUGCACAUAAACACAGAGACCUUUGCCCCGGUUUCGGUUUCACUUUCAGAUGUCAGUCAAGUGAUCAGAGAUAAACUCCCAGGAGCUGCCAUGUUUGGGGUAUAAGUAACACGAUAUCCUGGGUGUUUUGGGGCUCUGAUAUGGCAAAAAGCUCAGGUUUCCUGCUCAGUAAGGCUUUUUGCAACCUUUAACUUUUGCUGCAUAGGUUACUUACAUAGUGCAUAUAGUAUUUACAGCACCCUCAUGUAAAGGUCACUCAGAGAAAUCAGGACAGACGUUAUAUUAUACACUGUUUAUAUAAGCAGUAUAGGUCAGAACAUGAUGUCAACACAUCCAAAGACAAGACGUACAUACACAAGAUAUGCAUGACUGUCAUUUGAUGUAUGUUUACACAGCAUGGGAGGUGAAGUCAUACAGAUUGUGUACAGAUGUGUGUUUUUCCAUGAACUCAAGCCUCACCUUAAGCUUCAUGUUUUUUUCUUCUUCUUCUUAUUCAGGCGAACUGCAGCACCAACAGCACCACCAGUGGCAGCACUCCCUCUACACGUUCCCGCAAACCCGGUGCCAUUAUUGAGAGCUUCGUCAACCACGCUCCCGGAGUCUUCUCAGGGACCUUUUCAGGUGAGAGGCAAAUGUGUUUUUAAAUAAUUUACCAUUGUCCCCGCUUUGUUUUUAAAACUUAAAGCUAUCUCUUCUAAAACCAUUUCCUUCUUUCCUCUCAGGCACUUUGCACCCGAACUGCCAGGACAGCAAUGGGCGCCCCAGACGAGAUAUUAGUACCAUCCUGCAGAUCCUUAAUGACCUCCUGAGCGCCACACGCCACUACCAGGGCAUGCCCCCCUCCCUCACCCAGCUCCGCUACCAGACCCAGUGUGGUUCACCCACCUCCCCAUCCCCAUCACCUCCUCCUUCGCCCCCGGUCGUUGGCAUGACAGGCCUCUCUGCAAAAGCUACCUCUGUGCCCGCCGGCAGCCCUAGCAGCCCUGCGCCGACCCUUCAUCCGCUGGUGCAGUGCCAGAGCCAGAUCCACAUGUGCAAACCCCCUGGUGAGUGGCUGUAUAUCGCAACAUUUCUGCUCGUUCAAGCACGUCAUGACCCCAAACAGAAACACGCUCAGUCACACAAAGUUAUCGGAGGUUUGUUUAAGCAGAUGAUGCAGCUUGGGAAGUGUGUGUAGACCUCUUUUUGGUGAGAACGCAAAACCACAGCGAUCUAGAGGCUUCUUUUUCCAGAGUUUUGCUUUGACUUUGAAAAAUUUACCAAAUCAUUAUUUCAUCAUUACUUUGCUAUUUCCACUUUUUCAUUUUGUGCUUCAUGGUUUGCCUCCUGUUAUUUAGCAUCAUCGUUGAGCAGUAACACCAGAUUUUAGAAGCUGAAUAUCAUACAUCAGGUUUUGAAGCUGAAGAGAAAGGGAUGAGACGAAAGGGGUAGAAGAGGGGGUGGGGGGUGGUCUCCUUUAGUAAUGCUAUACCAGCUUCCUCAGACCUGUUCAGUCAGGCUUCACUUGUCAGGCGGCGGAGUUGGCUUUGUUUUUGUGCGGCAAGGAGAUACGUUUACCCCUUGAAGCCUGGGCUGGGCUAUGUUUAGAUUAGAUUAGGUUUUGGGUGGUUUAACCUAGCCUCGUAAAUACAGGCUGCAGCUGGGGCGUGUAUGGGCUGGGGCCGGACAAACCUCGACAUACCUGUGCCUGAAGGGCUGGGCCUGGGCAGGUGCUGGAGUCAAGAUGAUACCGUUUAAAAAAAAAAUCUCCUUUCCUUGCAGAGACACAGGAAGUAGAGUGUCAGACAGAUGUCCAGAACAGAUAACAUUCAGUCGAUGUUGUAAGGUUAGACUGGCUGUGCGGAGAGAAACAGCAUUGUCUCUUGCUGCCUCCUUAUCUCCUGUGUAGGAAAUGGAGCUGGUCUUUGGUUUGAUGAGGGUAGAUUUUGUUGAAUAGUGUGUGAGGGAGGGACCUGACAUACAGUUCCUUAUGUUUAAUGUUUUCUUUUGUUUAAAAAAAGCAAAAGAGCCUCUAUCUAUUGUCACACUCGGGCUCUGUCUCCUGUUUAAUGACCUUCUGUUGCAGCUGAAUGGAGUGUUUUAGUCGAGGCGGUGAAUACAAGUUGACUGGGGAAUGUCCACUAUUCCUGUGCAUCACCCUGGGAGCCCUUACAAGUGUUCAUCGAACAGUUGGAAUAACACAGGCUUAUUUUCUUAACUCAGGGAAGACCUUUCCUUCAGUGCCCCCUUCUGCCCCUCCCCUCCUCUCCCACUAUUGUCAUCUGUCUACGUCUGCACUCAGCGGCCCACGCCAGUGUUUCCCCACUUACAGUCCAAAAUCAGCCUCGUCUGUAAAAUUCAUCUUCCGCCUUGUCCUCUUUUUUUCUGUUUCCAUGUCGGUUAGGCGCAUCAAUACAUUGUCUGUGUUCGUUUGGCCUUUUGAUAGAUUUAUUCCAAAAUGUAGCUCUGAGAAGGAGGAGGAGGAGGACACAGAAACGGGGGAUUGUUAAAACCACAAUACUAAGCCUCAUUCAUCAUAUGGGUGUUCAUAUCCUGUCCAUCAGUAGACCAGCUGCCCACUGAUUAACAGGCAAAGUUAGAAGAGAAGAAAAGCCCAUUUAAAGCCUAUUUCCAACUUUACUACUGCGUCCAACUUCCUGCUUCCAGAAAGCGAUGUGGCUGAAUAACUUGUCCACCCAAGCGUGCACAGUUAAGCUCACUGAAACAAUGAGUGUGCUGGUGCGAUUGUGCGUGCUGACCGACGUCCCGUUCCGCAUGGUGUCCUGAGGAAGCCGAUGAGUAAGCGCUCUCUGGCGGUCUUAUCAGCGGACACCUGAUGGAAGACUUACUGGACUUAACACCACAGCUUAACACUGCUCUAGAGAAACCUGCCUUCAUUCAGCUACAGGAAUAAACUGCACUUCCCAUCUGUCAGAUUGUCUGUGUGUGUGUGUGUGUCUGUCUGUGUGUGUGUGUGUGCAGUCAAACUCUAGGUCGAAACAGCCUCUUGAAAAUGUCACAUAGCUUGGCCGUCUCCCGAGAGCCUUUACCCUUUCCACUGCAAGUUCAUGUGCGAGGGGAAGAAGACAAGCGUAAAUAAAAAGCUUGAAGAUACAAACACGCACUCUCACACACACACUCACACACACACAUACACACUCCGGACCACAGACGCCUGGUUAAAGGCUUUGGCAGCUAGCUUGGUUUCCAGGCUUUGCAGGGUAGUAUUGCUGAGUGUGGGGAUUUGUCAGACCGGGACUUGUGUUGGAUUUGAACAUGAGGGCUUUAGGAUGCCCUGGCAGGCUGAUUGUUAGCUAAAUUCCUUUACUGAGUCGGACGGACCUCCCCGGCACCCCCUCCUCCUCCAGCCCUUCAGCCCCCUGCCCAGCCAAAGCUAUUGUGCAGGGGCCAGGGACAGGGGCUGCAUACAGGGCACCAGGCUGGGCCAUUGUGGGGCAGACGAGGGGAGGGCUGUGGGAUUAUAGGGCUGCCUUUUAGUCCAACUCCCACUGCAGCUGCCUUAGUUCAACACAGGCCCACAGACAGGGGCAAAGUUAGCUCUGAAAGCUUCCCCGGCGCCCCCUGUCUCUCUGUGUGCCUUCCGUAUCCCUUCGCCCCCCACCACCCCAUCCCCUUUCGAUUUGUCAGGUCAUGUUAGCUUCGUUCUGGCUGGGACUGGGCAAGCGAAAAAAAAAGGGGUAGCGAGGGAGAUGCCCAUUGUUUGCUGUGUUUAAGCUCGGUUCGAGGCCCCACGCAUUAUCAUCACGUAGGCUUCACUCUUCUCUCGAAGCACUCUGACGGCUGAUGUGAAAACACGUGCGGCGAUAUAACCUAACUAACACCGGAGUGAUGCAACAAAAGCUCAGAGCUAUCUAGAGAAGCCAGCCAAGCACAUCAGGUGCCCUUUCAUUGUCGACAAGGAGAGCGAGGGAGCUAGAGAGACAGAAAGGGAGAAAGAGAGAGAGAGAGAGAGAAUGCAAAUGAAGUCUAAAAGUCAUUGAAGAGCUCAUGUCCCUGCAGGGUUGUCAAUGCCCUUUCAGAGGCCGUCAAAACGCUCAUUUAAGCUGCGAUCUGAUUGGUUGCUUUAGUUUGUGUCUGAUAAGUUGGUUGAACUUUUCGAAAACGUCCCUCCUUACGGUCCGUACUGGAUCCUCCUGACAUCAAAUAAAUUAAAACAAAACACGCGGCGAAUUCAGCGAUGACUGGGUUGAACUCAGACACCUUGAUGAUAAGUAUGAAAAGUCUGAACAAGUUCACUUGAAGGGUGGGGCUUCACAGCAGUUCAAUAAAAAGAAAAUAAUUUAUCAUCUUCCCCAUAAAAUGAGACAUUUAUAUUUGAAUUCCUCAAAUAAUUCAACUUGUAGAGUCAUAGAUGUGUGCCUGUAAAAAGCGCACAUAAUUCGGAGCAGUAGUGUCUCACAAAUGUCAAUAAUACAAAGAUAAUUAUCAGGAUUUUUAAUUGGCAUAUUCCAAUAAUCAUCUAAAUGAAGAAAAGAGUACCACUCCAGGAAGUCAAGGCUGACUUUGCUGCAAUGUGAUUUCUUUCCUCCUCUCCUUCUUUCUCCUUCUCUCUCCCCCACCCCCACCCCCACCCCUCCCUCUCCCUCUUUCCCCUGGUUCCCUUGAUGCUGAGCAAAACACAAUGUUCUCUCUGCAAGAUCACAAGACUUAUCAAGGCAAACAAACAAACAACAGCACUAACACAACUGCAAAUGAAGGCCAAUCUUUAUACAAUCAAUAAAAGGAGAAGCUCCUUUAAUCUCCCUGUGCGUCCUGCACACUGCAGCCCUCCUCCCUUUCUCUCUACCUCCUCCACCCACCCACUCUCUCCCCCACCCUGCCGUGUGCUCCCUAUCUCAGUCCUUGGUGUGUUGCUGGGCUGGGCUCAAAGGCAAGGAAAACUGACUGACGCAUCGAUUAUUCAUAGAUCACCCCUUUCUUUCUCCCUCUCUUUCUGUCUGUCUUUCUUCGGCUUUCUCCUCGGUGCUCGGUCCUGUGUCAAAACCUGCACAGAGGAGAGUUUGGGGAAAGAAAACUGUGCGGCUGCUCACGAGUGAGAUUUACUGUGUUUGCAGCGACACAGGCGAAAAAAAGAGAGCAGAGGAAACGAAAAUUGGUGCUUACUUCCUCUCUGCGCCCUUGACCUGUCUAAUGUUUGAUAUCUGUCAGUGAACGUUACUAAGAAAGAUUUCUUCUUCUCUUUCUUCUCUCUCUCUCUCUCUCUCUCUUUAUUCAUUCUCUAUGUCUCUUACCCACCCCUCUCUGGGUCCUCCAAGGUUAUUGUGCUCACGUCAAACCCUAGUCUCUGCAUCCAGGCUUUGGGCCAGCCUGAGUGUGUGUGUGUGUGUGUGUAUAUGCGUCUUGCGUGUAUAGUCUGUCCUCCUUAGCCAGCCCUAAUAAUAGCCCUACUGUCAUAAACAUAGUCUGGAGAUCCUUGCGGCCAGCUGUGUCCGGCCUAGCCGCCCAGGGCUCCGGUAGUGACGCUGAUGAAUGGCCACACACACACACACACACACACUCAAACACACACACACACACACACACACACAUAAAGUGUUGUGUAGCCCAAAGCACAUUCUCAGACCUCUUGCCAAGCCAAAGGCCAAGACCCACAGCAUCAGCUUACUGCCCUUUAAGCAGUGUGUGCUUAUAUGUGUGUUUGUUUUGCUCAUUGUUCAGAUGUCUUAGCGAAUAUCCAUCAAUGGAAAUAUAAUCAUUCCUAAGUGGACGAACCUGUAAAAAUAAUAAAGAAAGCGUUUCAACUAAAAGACGGAGAGUUGUAGUUGUAGUCGCCGACACAGAUUUUCGAAGUAGGCAUGCACUGGCUCUGCGCCGUUUCAUUGUGUACAGCCAUAUUUCAACACAGCCGAGGGGCGGUUUCGCUGUUGGCUAGCCAGAGCAGGGGAAUAAGGGGAAGAGGGAGGACUGGAGGGGGGAACAAAGCCUUGUGGCAGCGUGCAUGAAUGUCACUUGGAGCUGAGGCGGCGGAACAAUGGCUCUUAUGUAGGAGAGCCCUCCCUUUGGUUCACCCCUCAUUCUCUGGAGAUGACACGCUGCCCCCACACAGGAGCACACACAUGGCAUCUGGAUGCGCACACUUGUGUUCGUAUCAGGACUGAACAUGUUGACAGGAAGUAGAAGAAACCUCGUCAGUGAAUGGUUGUCACGUGUGAGAGUGUUUCUUUCUCUUAAGUUUAUUAUGUGUUUCCUGUCUAUUGGUGCUUGACGACACUCUGGAUCUUUAGCAUGCGCUGCUAGACUGUGGUGAAUAUUUAUAGCAAGAGAAAGGGCUCUGCGCGGCUCGAUCCGAUAAGCAAAUGAGGGAAAGAGGUAAAUUAAGCCCACACAGAGUCCGGAAUUCAUUCCGAUGGGGGGAAAAGCAGAGGAGGGCACGAUCGAUUCGGAAAACUGCCACCUACGGCUGAUCCUUUACCCUCCACCCUCUUCCUUCGUCCUUUUUUUUAUUUUUUUUAUCCCCCUCGCCCUUGGGGGAGGAAUUCCUUAACCCACACUGCCACCCCCUUUCUCCACUCCACUCCUCGACUCUCGCCUCCUGCUUCCCCUUCUUCACACUGCCCCACCUAGCUGUCUCUGGGGAGAUGUGGGCCAAGAGCUGGAGAAGGAAGGAGGAGAAAAGGGGGAGGAGGGGGCUGUGUGUGUGUGAUGGCUAAAAAAAAAGGGGGGGUGGAGGAAGAAGUGAAGGGUGGGGAGGGGAGUGUUGGGUCAAUGAGCUGAGAGUGGGAAGCUACAGCCAUAAUAAAGAAAAAAAAUAGCAGAAAAAAACCAAUCUCUCCCUGUCUCUCUCUCCGCUUACAAUUUCCAUUCGCUUGCAUUUUCUAUUGAAAGCCAAUAGCGUUGUCCUGGGCCCGAGAUGGAUGGCUGCACUAGAGCUAAGGUUUAAUCAAUAGGUCUUUUUAAUUUGCCAUCGAUCCACGUUAAAAGCUACUGCGGCUGUUGCUGCUGCUGUGUGUGUUUGCGUGCAUGCAACGAUGAGCGUGUGCCCCUCAGUGUUUGUGUAUGUGUGUGUCUUUUCUGUAUACGUGCAUGAGUCUACACAUUGUGUGUGUGUGUGUGUGUGUGUCUUUUGUGUGAAUACAUGAUGUACUUGAAUGCAGAUUUGAGAGUCUGACUGUGUGUGUGUGUGUGUGUUGUGGUGUGCAGCAGAGGCAGAGAUGGCCGCCAUGCUUCGGUUUAUUGACAUUCUAGCCCAUUAUUUAAUUAUUUAAUUCCCAGACAGAUACUAAUGGAGCUGGCUAAUAGAUUGCGGUUGCUUUUCCUUCCUUCCAAGCUCCUGAAUAUACGUAUAAAUUGAAUUAGGCUCGACUCGGCCACUGUAGGAGAGCAUUCACAGUGCGGUGCGGGGCCUCUCCCUCGAGACGGUAUUCUCCUAUAGGCACAUCAACAGCUAGAAAUGCACUUAGUGGCACAUUCAGACCCUGAAGCAUGCCAUCUGCAGUUAUGCGCUCAGAAAUCACAGACGGCUAUUGGAAUGUCUGGUUUCAGGUUGGUGUUUGGAUGUUUUUGGCCUUGGGAUUAGCUCUCAAGGAGAGUCAGAACUGUGAAGGUCUUUUUAUUUUGUGAUAAGGGGAUUGAUCGGCUCUGGGAAGGCUGAUGAUGCUCAGUCAGGGAAGGUUUGCAGUAGGUUCUACUUUGUAUCUAGGACAUUUGUUUGAGCCAGGGGAAUGAUCCUAGCAUGUCUUAGCUUUGGACAUGUGAACACACGCAUCCUGACGCUCAUAUACUAUAUUAACAUUCCCAUCACUCCCACCUUCUUGUUUUAAGGAUGCACUGAUUCGCUUUUCUCACCUCCGAUACCGAUACAGAUAUCUACAGUUUAGUAUCGGCCGAUACCGAUCCAAUUCCGAUACAGAAAAGCUGCGCCAAAUAACCUUUUUUACCACCACCCUUCGGAACAUUUACUCUGCAGGUAUUGCAAAUGGCCGUCGGGCUUGUAGGCGGAGGUAUUUUGAUAAAGUUCAAGAUAGCAGACCCCUUUGCUCGCUCCAUUUUGAAAACAAUGUGUCAGCAUGUUUACUUGUGGAUGCCAAUCGCGGCGCAUAGCAUAGAGUUAGACUGAAUAGAUCAGCCCCUAUGCAUCGGGCCCAUUGUCACAAUACCCGAUCUAGAAUUUUCUUCAGUAUCGGGACAGAUACCGAUAUCAAAUAUCGGAUCGUUGCAUCCCUAUCUUGUAUAUGCUGGUAUGACUGUUUUCAGUGUAGAUAAAUGAGUCCAACUUGACUGACUGUUUCUCCCCUCUCUUUACCUUUCUCCAGGUGAUCGUCUGCGGCAGACCGAGAACCGCGCCACUCGCUGCAAAGUGGAGCGCCUGCAGCUGUUGAUGCAGCAGAAGCGUCUGCGCAGGAAGGCCAGGCGGGACCAGCGCGCCCCGUAUCAGUGGCUGCCCAACAGGAAGGCUGGACGCAGUAACAGCAACAGCAGCAUGUCGAGCGAGGGCUCCCUGGACCUGGACUUUGAUGACUCGGUGUGGAAGCCUGACGUCAAAGCUGACUUGAAGUCUGAGUUCGUCAUGGCCUGAACAGACGGAUUCAAAGAUGAGCAAAGCAUUCAUUGGGAUUUACUCAUUAUUCUUUGAGGGAGGAAGUGACACAAAGAUGAGCAAAGAUGUUUAACAGAAAGAGGAAAUCAAAAGUGACAAAAUAAAAGGCUCCCUGCUGACUUUAACCCCGGUUUGUCCUUCACAGUUGACCAUGUGGGAAACAGCAACAAUAGCAACAGAACUUUCUUUUGAUCCUUGGAUCAGAAAAAAAAAAAAAAAACUGGACUUAACAGUGUACAAGACUUUUUACAGUAUGAUCAGAGAGACCAUACUGGAACUUGAGCAUAGCAGAAUUCAAUGGGUGGUAGUGGUGGUGGUAUUUUGAGAUUUUUGUUUUCUAAGAUUGUUUUUUUUUUUUAAAACGCACUCUGGACAGCAAUGAAGAGAUCCACACUGGACUUACUCACAGGACAGGAGCACCAGAGGCCUCAGUGUUUCCUAAUACCAAGAAAGGCAGAACUGCCGAACUUUGGAUUACUCCAACGGGCAUUCUUAUUGAUCUCAAAACUCACAAACCAGAGUUUACUUUUUACCUGUUACUGGGUGGUUAAAUUUUUUUUUUUUUGUUCCAUUUUGAAACAUAUUAUAUUUUAUAAACAAAAAAUAUGUAGCAUUGUUCACAAAGCAUUCAGGUUUUCAUAUAACAGUUCAAAGUAGUCGUUGAUUUGCACAUUUUCUUGAUUUAUAACAGCUGGUCAGAGUGUGCAGGAAGGAGGAGGAGGUGGGGCCUGAGAGAGAGAAAAAUGAAUAUGGAAGUAUUGAUAUCAACCUCAGUGACAUAGGGUAUCGAUAGGAAUGAUAAAUGAUUAAACAAAAUAAAUUAAUAUUAACAGAAAGUGCUUUAGAGGAUUUAAAAAUCUUUAAAAUGUAUAUGGAAGAAAAUCUAUUUUUUAUUUCUCUUCCUAUCUGCUGUUUUCAAAAAACAGCAGCCCUGUGUGGCUUCAGUCAAGUCUUUGACUCCUAACAAAUAUGUAACAUCCAUUCAAUCAUUCAUUAGCUCCUUUAUGGAUAGUAGAUGUGUCUAGCCACGACAAAUAAUACAGAAAAAACAAAUUUCAUCCAGCCCGCCUCAUGUCUAACAGACCUGAAUGGACUUGUCGAGGGUUUGUAUUAGUUUAUGUACAUAAAUGUGACAAUUGGCAAAGGUUUAUGAGGGUGUGCGUGUGUGUGUGCGUGUUUGACUUAAGUGUAAAUUAAUUUUACAGUUUCCCAUGAUUCUCUCUGAGUUAUCUUCUCCCAAAAAAACCUAUUAGUUUUCCAAAAAAAUAAUGAUCAGCUGAACUACUUACUUUAUCCUGUGACAGUUUCAGGCCAAUGUGACGUGUAUUCUCACCAAGCCCUACGAUAGCGACUCUAUUUUUUUAUUGGCAAAGAGGGAGAAGACGUGCUAUUAGUUUCCAGCAUCAUUAUCUAGUGCCUCCAUCAGUGCAUCCAUUGACAUAUCAGGUUCGGCCUUUCACAGCUCCGCUGCUACAUACGGGGACUUGAAAUUUAAAAAAAAAAGAAAUAAGCAAGAGGGGAAAAGUGACUUUUCUUUGCAUGCAGAAGUGUGAAAAUACACUGAUCUUUUUUCUAUUGAUGGAAGAAAAAAAAGAAACUGGUUCUGUGGGAAUGAAGGUUAACAACAUGCAUGAAUUUGUGAAGAAAAUAAAAACAAUGCUGCUUUUGUUGGUUAGGUUUUAUGUAAUUUUUGUUUCAACAGUAGAACAACAGCGUCCUGCUAAAGUAUUACAAAACCAAAACAGAUGAAGUUAAGUGUGGACUCGCGUCUUGCUCAGCACUGAACAUUCCUGUUGUGUGACUAUGAAGAUGAUGAUGAGCAAAGAGCAACUGACUCUUUCUCUCUUUCUACUCCCCGAGCGGUUUUACCCCCAUGACUCUCAAGGACCCAGACAGCCUACGAACUGUUCAGCCGCCUCCCCCCCUCCUCCCAGCCUAAAAUGCCAACAGGCUUGUGUGGAUGUACUCUCGCAGGGAACUUACAGACCAGCGGAUUUACUGAACUGUCCGUCAAAACCCACCAGAGAGAAGCAUCCGGUCUGUCUCCUUAUCUGUCUGUCUGUCUGAUCGAUCGACCACCCUACCACUAUUGCACUCCCAGAGAUUGCAGUGAGAGAUUACCUUUUUGGUGAACCUCAUCUUUUUUUUAAGUGGCCUUACCUUUCACUAAAAAAAUGAGACACUUGGGGACAAUGGGGGCGGGAAUGUUUUUUGUUCUUUUUUGAAACUUUCUGUGUGCAUCGUUGUCAGAUUUGUCAUCAAGGCGCCAUUUUUUGUCACUGAGGACACUGGGCAUCCGUUGUUUAGUGCUUUUUAGCUGGUGGAGUCUCUAUUAUGUCAAGGCUUCUGUGCCUUAAAAAUGUUGCCCUUGCUGUGUCAGUGUCAGAUUUUCAGUUUUCUUUUCCAUUGAUUGAUCCACAGGACUGUAGUUUUCACAUAUGAGAGUUGUAGAUUUUAAGGACGGAGCUUAUUUGAGUGAACCACAUUGGAUUGAAAGUCCUCAAAUAGUGUCUUUGUUCUGUUUCUUCAUUGUGUUGCCAUGCUUGUUGGUCUCUGUUGUUAACUCGGUUCUCCCACCAACAAGCUGCAAAAUGCUCAAAAUCUGAGCCAGUUAAGUUAAAUGAUCAAGUUUACACCGCAGUACUUAGAUAGCAAGAAGCAGGAGCCCUGAUCGAGAAUAAGAAAGGUCCUCUGAGGACUCACGCACUUCUUGUUUCCUUGGAUUCAAACUAGGAUUACUAAAGGACAAUUAUCCCCUGCCCCUUCCAAAUUUUAUUUAAUUUCUUUUGUAUAUGUAUGAACUAUACUCUGUGUGUGCCUCACUUCUGUGUGAAACUCAAAAAGAUGAAACAAAACAAAAAAGAUGACAAAAGCAUUACAGAGAGGAUAAAAAACAGUACGUUGUUGGAAUUCUGACCAUUUGAGUUGCCUGUUCUUUCUUGUAGCCAACUAUUGAAAAUAACAGGAUUCAAGAAAUACAAUUUACAAUGUUCUAGCUCUAGACCGGUGUAGCACAUGUGUGACUGUAUUAAUUUAUGAAACCAAAAUGGUAACUGUGAAUUAUGUAUUUCUUUGUGCAUUUUUUUUAAAGCUGGGGAGAAGGUUUGCUGGGACACGGGCAGCAGCUGGUUGCUCGUGUCCGGAAAAAAAAAAAACAACACAAAAAAAACAACUUUUUUUUUGGUGGAAUAUAAUGGAAACAAAAUAAGUUUCUGAAAAAGAAAAAAAAGGAGAAAAAAAAUGAAAAAAAGAGAAAAAAAUAUAUGAAUAUAUUUUUUUUCUUAAGCAAUACAUUUCAGUGUGACUUGUGAUAGACCAUUUUCUUUUUUUUAGGUAAUAAAUAAAUAAAAAACAAAAUGAGUACGUCAC